GCUAAGACCAGCCCCGCCUCCCAACUUCCGCUCUCGCUCUUCGCAGAAUCCGUCAGGGUCUCCGAGGCUCCGGCUUGUGGACGUCGCUUAGGAGUGCAGUCAAGAUGCCUCGUGGAAGCCGAAGCCGCACUUCCCGCGUGGCCCCUCCUGCCAGCCGCGCGCCUCAGAUGAGAGCAGCGCCCAGGCCAGCGCCCGCAGCUCAGCCACCAGCAGUGGCUCCACCGUCUGCCGUCGGCUCCCCUGCUGCCGCUCCCCGGCAGCCAGGCCUGAUGGCCCAGAUGGCAACCACUGCUGCCGGUGUGGCUGUGGGUUCUGCCGUCGGCCACACUCUGGGUCACGCCAUCACUGGGGGCUUCAGUGGAGGAAGCAGUGCUGAACCCGCAAGGCCUGACAUCACUUACCAGGAGCCUCAGGGAACCCAGCCGGCACAACUGCAGCAGAAUGGCCCCUGCUUCUAUGAGGUGAAACAGUUUUUGGAGUGUGCCCAGAGCCAGGGUGACCUUAAACUUUGUGAGGGUUUCAGCGAGGUGCUGAAACAGUGCAGAUUGGCCAACGGAUUAGCUUAAUCAAGAAGUUCCAAUUGAAGACAUGAUAUGAAAAAUCACCUCUCGUGACCAUGUUGAUUUAGCCUUUAAAGUAUAAUUAGUAGUGAAGAUGUGAAGUGUGAGACCACCUGUUAAACCUCUCUUUAAUCAUUAAUAGCUUUUGUGCUUCACAAUUGCAGUGGAAGAGGGUAUUGUCACUAUAUAGAAGUUCAUUGAGAUGGUAUUGAGUUUGGGAUUGGGCAGAAGAGGCGGUUGUGGCCUCUUAAGCGUGCUUUUCUGAUGUUAUUGUUUGUGAAUUGAUUAGAAUAAAAUGAUUUUCUUUCUA